UCCGUCACUGCCGGCGUGCGCAAUCAAAUAACCCCAACCUCUUCCCCCUCGGCCACCCACCCAGCUUUUCGCCUCUUUAUGCUCAGGAGGGAAGCCUAGAGCGGUAGGGGAAGGCCCAAGAUGGCGGCGCUGUCCGCUGGGCGGCUCUCCUUCCUCCUCCGGGGCCGCCACCGCCUCUUUCUCUGCGCCCCGAGAUGCGGCUACCGUGGGGACGCGCCCUCGGACUCCGGGCGGGACAUGUUGGAGAUCCCGCUGCCGCCCUGGCAAGCCCGGCCUCAGGAGGACCCCGGCACCAAGCGGGCCAGGCUCCUCUACGAGAGCCGGAAGAGGGGCAUGCUGGAGAACUGCCUCCUCCUCAGUCUUUUUGCUAAAGAGAAUCUGAAUCAAAUGAGUGAGAAGCAGCUGGAUCUUUAUGAUCGCCUGAUUAAUGAGCCCAGCAAUGACUGGGAUAUCUACUACUGGGCAACAGAAGCAAAGCCUGCUCCAAAAGUCUUUGAGAAUGAAGUGAUGGAGAUGCUUAUAGAAUUUACCAAAAACAAGAACAGAGAGAAGAGAUUGCGACAGCCAGAUCUAGAGUACCUUGUUGAAACCCCGCCCUGAUCUUGGGUGUUUUUCUCUAGAAGGGCAAUUCUGGACUUCUUUGACACCAAGAAGCUCAAAACAUUAGUACUUGCACCUCUCUUAGUGCUCUGCCUCCUGUGGAUUGUUUUAUUUAGCAAUUGUUCUCCAUGUUUUGCUUCCCUAAUAAAAUUUCAGUUUUUUCUCCUAAAAAUUUAGAAUACCUCUCAGCAGAAACAUUACUGAUAAGGGAGUCUUGCUUUUGAUUCAUAAUACAUUUGAAGAAUGACAUCUGUAACUACAGGUUAAUUAAUAUGAUCAGAUUAGUUUAGAAAUGCUUGUGUUAUGAAAAUUAUAGUUGGCCCUCCACAUUUGCGAGUGUAACUUUUCCGAAUUUGGUUAUUUGUGGAUUUGAUUAAUACGUUAUAUCUAUAAAUUUCUAGGUCCUCCAGCACAAUUCUGUGAAUUACUUGUAGCAUGCUAGAAGACUUAGAGAUUCAUAGAGAGGUGUUACAUCAGGUAAAAUAGCCUUUUAAAAAAUUUAAAGCUUUCCCAUUUUAAUGGGGGUCCUGUUCCCCUAACCGUAGCAGAUGUGGGUAGCCCACUUACAGCAUACCAAAUUCCAGUUUUCCUUGGUUAAUUUAAUACUGUAUCAAGAAGGUGUUUUCCCAAAAAGUAGCAACAAAUGCGAAUUAUGUGUUUCUGGAAGUCUUGUGAAUCUUUCUAGUUUAAAUAUAUUUUAAAUUAUGAGACAUGAUUUGUUCAAUUAAGAGGAGACCAAGGCUCUCCUGCUUUUAAGUGCCUUUCAGAAUGUCAGGCCAUAUUGAAAAAAGGUGUUUGAAUAUUUCUUAAUAUGAAACUCUUCAAUAACUUCUCUCCUAAUUAUAUUCUAAAUUGGUUUCUGUGGUAUAUUAUAUUGUAUAUCAUACAAAAUUGAUAUAACAUUACUUGGGGUAAGCUGCAAUUAACUCAUUUGCAAUUCUUUUGUGUGAUACUCAUAUGGUACCAAGUUCUUGAAUAAUAAACUAUUCCCUUUCACCCAAA